UCCCUGCCCUGUGGCUGGGGACCUUGGCGUUCGACUCCUCCCAUUUAGCGAGCGCAUUAAAAGGGCCUGUGCUUUAGGGGCUGCGCGCCGCUACUUACUUCCCGGCUGAGGCGAGGCGACGAGACACAGUUGUUGGGUUAGUAAAUGGUGAAGUACUACUUUCCCGCCAGAGGGUACCUGCGGCCUUGGGGUUUCGGCGGCGUGGAGACAAAGUAGCCGAACCCGUCGGGGACUCCUAGCCUUGCCAUCCCUCCCGGGAGAGCACCGCCCUCACCUCUGACUAGCAGCGAGCAGCCGAGCCCCCGCUGUGUGUGUGGCUCUCAGACGGUUCCUCCGGAGCCGUGGGAGGACGUGGGAACGCCGGGGAGCCCUCGACCCCAGCCCAUGCAACCCUCCUUUUGCACCCAGGUGCAGUCCCGGGGUGCGGAGGGGCCCGCGAGAGCUCUGAAUUCUCAGCCCUGCCCCCACCCCCGCCCCCGUUUCAGUCUCUUAUCUUGCAGUGCACACCUUAUUACAAGGUGGUGAUUCCUGAGCCGCUGGCUUCUGACUGCAGGCUAAAAUCCAGAAGCAGAACUUGAAGGUUUAACCACUCUUUCCACAGACGAUUUCAUGCAUUUGUGGACCCAAAGAUGGAGCUGGUUUUUAUUUUUAAAAAGAAACUGUCAGUUCUCUGAUGCUACUAUAAAUAUUAGCUUGAUGAAGAUGUGUGGAUUUGUCUUUUGAUUGGAUUAGUGGUCAUUUUGGAACUUUUCUGCAGCCAUAGAUUCUAUUUGAUAAUUCAAGUAUCAAAGAAUAUUAGAUUUAAGAUGUUUUAAUGAAAGAUUUUGUCUGAGGACUUUAGAUUUGGUAAAGACCACAGUUGGAUUCCAGUUAUAUUCUCCAAUCAAAUUGAUUUAUAUCAUUCAGUCCUUUGCGAAACCUAAGUUUGAAGAAUUUAUAGACGGCGCCAGAAGAUGGGAGAAAAAAAUGGUGAUGCAAAAACUUUCUGGAUGGAGCUGGAAGAUCAUGGAAAAGUAGACUUCAUUUUUGAACAAGUGCAGAAUGUGCUGCAGUCACUGAAACAGAAGAUCAAAGAUGGGUCUGCCACAAAUAAAGAAUACAUCCAAGCAAUGAUCCUAGUGAAUGAAGCAACUCUAAAUAACAAUUUUACAUUGGUAAAGGAUGGCUACAAUGGACAGGACUGGGACAGGCCAAAGCUGGGAGCUUCAUCAGUGUGUCCCACAUGGGUGGCAGAGGCCCAAACACUUGGACCAUCUUCCACUGCUUUUCCUAGGCCUUUAGUAGGAAGCUGGAUUGGAAGAGGAACAGCUGGGACACGAACUGGCAUCACAGGAAGCAACUUUACCUGCUAUGCUACCACAUUGGCCCCACUAAAUCUGAUUUGUCAUAUACCUGUGACUGAGAAUGAAAAGGAAAACAAAUCACGAUCAUUUCCCUCUACAUCCUGUGAAAACUCGUUUCCUGAAGACAGUACAUUUCCAUCUACAGGAAACAAAGAGAUUCUUCCUCUGGAAAAUAAAGUUGUAGGCUUGAGAGCAAGAAAAUCAUCUUUGCAUUUAUCUUACCAAAGCCAUGAUUGCUCUCGUGCCUGUCUGGUGAAAAUGCCAAGCUUCAAAGGAGAAAACCCUCUCCAGCUCCCAAUCAAGUGUCACUUCCAAAGGCGACACGCGAAGACAAACUCUCAUUCGUCAGCACUCCACGUGAGUUAUAAAACUCCUUGUGGAAGGAGUCUACGAAACGUGGAGGAAGUUUUUCGUUACCUGCUUGAGACAGAGUGUAACUUUUUAUUUACAGAUAACUUUUCUUUCAAUACCUAUGUUCAGUUGACUCGGAAUUACCCAAAGCAAGAAGAAAUUGUUUCUGAUGUGGAUAUUAGCAAUGGAGUGGAGUCAGUGCCCAUUUCUUUCUGUAACGAAAUUGACAGUAGAAAGCUUCCACAGUUUAAGUACAGAAAGACUAUGUGGCCACGAACUUAUUAUCUAAACAGCUUUUCCAACUUGUUUACUGAUGCAUGUGACUGUUCUGAGGGCUGCAUAGACAUAACAAAAUGUGCAUGUCUUCAACUGACAGCAAGAAAUGCCGCAGUUUGUCCUUUGUCAAGUAAUAAAAUAAUGACUGGAUAUAAAUAUAAAAGACUACAGAGACAAAUACCUACUGGUAUUUAUGAAUGCAGCCUGUUGUGCAAGUGUAAUCGACAAAUGUGUCAAAAUCGAGUUGUCCAACAUGGUCCUCAAGUGAGACUACAGGUUUUCAAAACUGAGAAGAAAGGCUGGGGGGUACGCUGCCUAGAUGACAUUGACAGAGGGACAUUUGUUUGCACUUACUCAGGUAGAUUACUAAGCAGAGCUAACCUUGAGAAACCUGGUAAUGAAAAUGAAAAAGAAGAGAAUAUUGUGAAAAGUAUAUUUUCAAAAAAGAGGAAAAUAGAAGUUGCCUGUUCAGAUUGUGAGGUUGAAGUUAUUCCAUUAGAAUUGGAAACACAUCCUAGAAGUGCUGAAAGUGAGAACUGUUCACCUAAAUUCAGUAAUAAUCCCAAAGAGUCUAUUAUGGAAACAAAGUGCAACAUCAUCUCAGGAACUCAGUAUCAUUCAGUUACUAAAAGUCCUAAAUGCAAGACAGCUGUUUUUCUACACAAUGAGAAAAAGAUGGGAUUUGUUUCCUCGGAAUCUGUCUCCUUGGAGAGUAAUGAUGAAUUUAAACCAAACCAAGAAUAUCUGAACUCCAGAGUCGGCAGAGUGCAAAAAGAGUCAAGUUCAAAAGAAGUUGAAGAUUCUGAAGAGAAGCCUCUGAUUGAAUCAGAUGUGAUAGAUAUAACUACAUAUUCAGAAGAGACUCCACCAAGGGACGGAUAUAACCAAACAACUACAUUGAUUAAUCAAAAUACUAAAAAUGAGGUUCAAAUACAGAAGUCCCAAAUGAAAAAAUCUACAACAUAUCAAAAUCAGCAGCUCUUUUGUGAUGAUGAGUUGCCAAGUGAAACCAAAAGCACUUCAUCUGAUUCUCCAACAAAGUUCAGUAAAGAGAAUAUGUUUUUAUUGGAUGCCACAAAAGAAGGAAAUGUGGGCCGCUUCCUUAACCAUAGUUGUUGCCCAAAUCUCUUGGUACAGAAUGUUUUUGUAGAAACACACGACAGGAAUUUUCCAUUGGUGGCAUUCUUCACCAACAGGUAUGUGAAAGCAAGAACAGAGCUAACCUGGGAUUAUGGUUAUGAAGCUGGAACUGUACCUGAGAAGGAAAUCAUCUGCCAGUGUGGGGUUAACAAGUGUAGAAAAAAAAUACUAUGAAUAUGUUGCUAAUACCUAUUCAUUAAAUUACCUGUCAGGCUAAUUGGAGGCAGACAAAAGAACCUUCAGCUACCAAUGGAAUUAAUUUAGGGUAAAGUCUACCUAAGUAUUUCUUCUCUGAAGCCCCUAUUCAAAGGGUUCAUGUUAUUUCUAAUUUUAUUUGUAUGACUUAGAAUUGCCAGGAACAAAAAGGACAUUUUCAUAUGCAUAGGGUAUUGUUUUUACUGUUGUUAAAAUUUACAUGAGUAAAAUGGAUGUGUAUAUUUUAUAUGAAAUACUACUGUACAACUUUUAAUUUAUUUAUAAAUUAUAUAUUAAGAAACAAAAGGCACAAUAGAAUGCAGGUGUUUCUAAUUGUUUUUGUGAUUCUUAUCUUUUAGUUCUUGCCCCAAAGGGUCAAAUUUUACUUCUUUACUUACAAAGGUGAUGUUUAAUUUUUGGCAAACCAUUUAUCAUUAUGAAUUGCAAGGUGGGCAACAGAGCCUGAGCAAUAUGUAAGAACUAAUCUUAUGCAUAUACUCCCAAGUAGUUUAAUAUUUUUUUGGAGAAGCCACUGCUGGCUCCAUAAAACACUUUUCCACCAACUAUUAGAAAGUAAGGCUCCAGCAGAAUCUUUGAGCUGUGCAUCUUCUUUUCCACAGUAUCCAGUCUCUUCACUCCAGACAGCAGAAGAGGGAAUAGCUACUUAGAGGAACUAGGAUAUUUUGUUCUAGGUAGAAUGAAGCUGUAAGAAAAGGAAGCCCAGAAACCAGUCAAACUUGGUUUCUUUAGGUCAGAAGGAAUCACGCUGGGCAAGAAUUUCACUUCAUGACCAGAAGGAAACAACACAUCUGGGCUUCAGCAUCUGAAGCAGACUCUUGGUAUCUCUUGGGCAUAAUUUGCAGAUAGUUUUUCUAGAGAUAGCGGGAGUCAUCACUUUGCUAGGGGUUACCUCACCUUGAUCAUCCAGUGGAAAAGGGGAUUAGGCAGCUCCAAAAGUCAAAACGAAUUCUAUCCUUACGAAAACUGUACAUUUGGCUGCAGCGAACUUCCCCCUCAGAACCAGAAAGGGAAUAAUAGUUUGAGAUGUAGUCAUCAGAAAUAAUUCUGAUUGCUGAGCAUUCAUAUGUUUUUGUUUUUGGACUUGACUCUGGGUUUAGUUUAGUUACCUUUAGUUUGGACCUAAAUUAAUUUCUUAAAAAUAGUGGGCUAGAUGAAAAAUUACCUAAAAUUGUUUGAGAGAAUGGGAAUCCAAAGAUCUAAGAAAAGAACCAAAAUAAACUGUAACCCUAGAAACAGCCUGCAGACAGAUGUGGAUGGUUGAAAAGUCUAUCUAUUCACAGUAAAGAUGAAGUUAAGCAAUGUACUACAAUAAAGUGAAAAAACUUCAUCUAUAUGGGAAAUAUUUUUGUGCAGAAGGGCUGCCCUUGUAACAGCCAGCAUUUCCUUGAGAUCUGCCUUCAGUCAUUUGACAUUCAGAAACAAGGUAUUCUGUCAAUUUCAUCCUCUUAGAGACGUUUCUGCUGAAUUGUUCUAGUCCUGACUGGUUCACAGCCAUCGUCUUCUACAAGAUAAGAUUCCCUUUGUCUCAUUCCAGAGCUAUUACCAGUUAAAUCCAAUUUUUUUCCUUUACUGUCAUGAAUUGGUGAAGUAUAUCCUCCAAUAGCUUUUGAAAAGGAAAAUGUGAAGUAAAUGUUUUUAGGAUCCUACAUAUUUUCAAAUGCCUUUACCCUCAUAACUUGAUUGCUAUUUCAGCAGAGUAUAGAAUUCUUACAUCUAUUGAAGCUUAUAGGCUUAUCCUUGUCCUAACCUCCUGUACCUGGGAAUUGUCCAUUUUUAUCUUGGUGAGGUCUUUGAAUCUGAAAGUUUUUUUCCUCCAAGGAAAUUUUCUUGAUCUAUUUUUCAAUGAUUUCUUAACUUUCUGGAAUUCCUGUUUCCAGAUGUGAGACCUGGAGGAUUGCUUUUCUCUUAAUUUCCAGUUUGUCUUCCUGCUCUACUCUCGGAGACCCUUUCUCAGCUAUAUCUUUUUUUUUUUUUUUUUUUUUUUGACAGGCAGAGUGGACAGUGAGAGAGAGACAGACAGAAAGGUCUUCCUUUUGCCGUUGGUUCACCCUCCAAUGGCCGCCGCGGUAGCGCGUUGCGGCCGGUGCACCGCGCUGAUCCGAUAGCAGGAGCCAGGUGCUUCUCCUGGUCUCCCAUGGGGUGCAGGGCCCAAGCACUUGGGCCAUCCUCCACUGCACUCCCUGGCCACAGCAGAGAGCUGGCCUGGAAGAGGGGCAACCGGGGCAGGAUCGGUUCCCGACCGGGACUAGAACCCGGUGUGCCGGCGCCGCAAAGCGGAGGAUUAGCCUAGUGAGCCGCGGCGCCGGCCUCUCAGGUAUAUCUUAAAAGUACCUGUUGCAGUUCAUUCUGGCCUCAUUUAUAAUUCCUAAGAGCCUUUUUUUUUUUUUUUUUUUUUACUAGCACCCCAUCUUGGGUCCAUGGUUGCAGUAUUUUCUCUUCAUUAUGUGUGUGUGUGUAUGUGCAUGUUUUGUUUUUGCUACAUCUUCUGUGUCCUGUCAGGUUCGUUUCUUUGUGGGGGUUCCAUGUGUUGUUUGGUCUUUAUCUUUCAUGUUACAGGCUUUCCUCAGAGUUAGAGUUCGUGAUCUUAGUCCACCGGCAUUUAAGUGUGGGAAAAAGCUCUUUGCUUUGCCAUGAACUGUUUCUGCUAACGCCAGUCUCCUCAGGGCCUGGCAAGGAGUACUCUUCAUUUCCCUGCCUGGAGGACAGAAGCUUGGGCUUCCGAGUCUGCUCAUUACCCCUAUUGCAGCCACCACCCUCUUGAUUCCGUCAUCCAUUUCGUAUUUAUUUGUCAAGACUAUCUAUGUUGCCCUUUUAAAUAUUAACUUAACAAUGUCUCUCGGUUCUGCUCUGCACAUCUUCACUUCCCCCCUACUUGGAACCUCCUCAAAGUGCAAGACCUCCAAAGAUCCUCCAGAGAUUUUCAGCAAAUCACCGACGAUUACAUGAACCUGCUGCUUUUUCAGAACAACUUUUAAGUUAUAAUUUCGUUACAUGAACUUUGGGCCUGUAUGUGUAUUUGUUAUAUGCACUGGAAACCUCGCCUUGAAUGGUGCUCUGUACCCCAUGGGUGCUAAAUAAAGGCUGGCUACUGGC